CGGCCUCCGGCAUUCGUGAUCAAGCAACAGAAAGUCUGCGUUAGGGCUGUCUGCGCAGAGCUUGACGAGCGCUCUCGGUGCAAAAUGAGUCACCCUUAAGCUAUUAUGUUCUCAAAGCUCCACGUCGAAAGGCAAGGUUCAAAAAGUAAUUCCUUCGACACGCUCAAAGUGGAAACGCUGGCCAAACUCGACGAAGGCUUCGAAUCGCUCAAGUUCCUCCAGCGGCUGGGAGAAGUGCAGAUGAGCGAGCCGCAGUUCAGCGCCCUCAUCCAGGUCUGCAACGACUUCUUGUGGACCAAGACCACCAUCGAGCGGGCCUUCCGAAAGUACCCGCGGGGCAGCGCGUCCGAUGCGGACAAGAGGCUGUUCCGCGAAGUGCUCAUUCUGCUGUACAAGUACGUCACCAAGAGCAUCAUCAUGCUCCUCACGCAGAUUGGCAUCCGAUGUCCGCAGAACGCCACCGCCGAGCUGGGCCACGUGCUCGAACAGUUGCUCAAGAGCGUCCAGAGCAUAGCCCACCACGAGUGUCUGCACCCGACGCAAAGCAAGUUUGCAGUCAUGAACGUCCGCCUGCUGGCCAAGGCGGCGCGUCCCAAGGACGCCGAUGUAGAGUUCAUUAUGGUCAUGAAGGCCAUGAGGAAGGAACUGGCCCAGCGCAAGAACACUAUCAAGGCCAGCUCGUGGAUGUACCUUAUGAAGCAGUGAUGUUGCCGUGCAUUGCGUAGUGUAUAUUGUGGUCCCGAACAAGCGAUGAUGUGCAUAUUAUAGUGCUAAGCUCGUAUUACAUGAUUUACCAAGCUGAGCUUCGUAACAGAAAAAAAAAAAACGUCAGCAAAGCGCGCUUGUGAACACGUGAUUAUGCUCUCGAUUACUGCUAUCACGAACAAGCCGGGCUUUCUUGAAUUGAGCUCUCAAAUAAUUUUCUUUCGCUUGAAAAUAUAAGUUAUCCGUUUGCUUCGUUACGAAGUGGCGCUACACGCACUUCUGAUGGCCUGCACAGUUAACUGGUAAAGUGGACAGUUUUUGCGUUGCUUGCAUUUAUGCCGUGUCAUUGAUUGGAAAGUAUGGAGCAUGUUCGUGUCAUGUUUCUGCUUCAGGUUUUACACAAGUGCACACGGCGUCGCCUGCAUAAAGGUCAAAACGCCAACGCUUUAGGCAAUAAUUUUAUAGUGUGCCUGUUAUGCUAACACGGGGCACGUACAGUAAUCCCCUUUCC